UAGGGUUUUUCCAUCCGAUUUGGUUCCUCUCUUUCUUUCUAAUGGUGUCGGCGAUGGCAAGCCGAACCCUAAUCUCCAAGCUCAUCAUUCCAGGUCUCGCCGUCCCCCGAUCCCUCUCUCGAGCUGCUAUCCGCCCGUCCGGGUCGCCGCUCCUCCGUCUCCGCCGCCCACUUGCGGCCUUUCGAUUCCCCUUCACACCCGGUGUUGCCGAUGGAUUGCGUUGCUUCUCGACCCGGCCGACGACCUCUUCGCUCAAUGAUCCGCAGCCGAACUGGACCAAUCGGCCGCCGAAGGAAACGAUCUUGCUGGAUGGCUGCGACUUCGAGCACUGGCUCGUAGUCAUGGAACCCCCCGACUCCAGCCUCACGCGCGACGAUAUCAUCGACUCUUUUAUCAAGACCCUCGCUCAGGUCGUCGGCAGUGAAGAAGAAGCACGGAUGAAGAUUUAUUCAGUGUCUACAAAACAUUACUUUGCUUUUGGAGCCCUUGUCUCUGAGGAACUUUCUUACAAGAUCAAGACUCUGCCAAAGGUCCGCUGGGUGCUUCCUGAUUCCUAUCUGGAUGUGAAGAACAAAGAUUAUGGAGGGGAACCCUUCAUUGAUGGACAAGCUGUACCAUACGAUCCUAAAUACCAUGAGGAAUGGGUACGUAAUAAUGCACGUGCAAAUGAAAGAUCCCGCCGCAAUGACAGGCCACGUAAUUUUGAUCGGUCAAGAAAUUUUGAAAGGCGCAGAGAGAACAUGCAGAAUUUCCAGAACAGAGAUGUACCCCCCAGUCCAAAUCAAAACUUCCAAGCUGGACCGGGUUCUAUGCCACAGCGUGAUGCUUCUCCCAUGGCUAAUCAACAAGCUCCAAAUACCAUGCCCCCACCCCCACCUCCACGUGAUGUUCCUGCUACUGGUAUGCCCGGACAAGGUUACCAGGGCCAAGUGCCUAAUCCCCAGGGUGGCUACAUGCCAAAUAGAGGUGAUGGUAACCCACCUAGAGCCCCUGGUUAUCAAGGAACAGGAGGCCCUGGGUAUCAAGGAGGCAGUCCUGGUUACCAAGGAGGCGGCCCUGGUUAUCAAGGUGGAGGCUACCAGGGAGGCGGCCCCGGUUAUCAAGGUGGAAACCCCGGCUAUCAAGGAGGCGGUCCUGGUUAUCAAGGUGGUGGUGGUCCUGGUUAUCAAGGUGCUGGUUAUCAAGGUGGCAACCCUGGCUAUCAAGGUGGCAAUCCUGGCUAUCAAGGGGGGAGCACUGGUUCGCAGGGAAGUGGACCUGGUUAUUCAGGCGGUGCACCCGGCUAUCAAGGUGGCAACACUGGCUACCAGGGAGGGUCUGCUGGCUACCAAAGCAGUGGCACUGGCUAUCAGGGAGGAGGUGUUAAUUAUCAAGGUGGUGGUUCAACUUAUCAAGGGGGUAGCUCUGGUAGUCAGGGUGGUAACUAAACAUAUCAGACAAGCUCUACUUACCAGAAAGUUAUCUGUGAUAACAGCUGCUAUCUUGUGAUAAUUUGAUGUUUUCAUGAAGUAGUCUGUUUAUAUAUCCUGAUGUCACUUUUAUGUGUUCUUGAGAUAGAUAGGGAAUUUAGUCAAGGGUUGGAUGAUUCAUGGGGUCCUUAUUAUUUAAGAGUUUGAGUCAACAGGAACUAAUGCUGCUUUUGUCAAACUUGGGUUUUGAUGAGCCCUCAGCUUAUAUGUGGCGCUGCAUUAAGGCUUCCCUUCUGGUCUAGUGAGAGGUUAUGGCAAAUAAGGUCCUCAAAAACUUUUGUUUCAUGAAUACUGUUAUGGUCUGCGUUAUAUUUAGAAUCUCAGACAUUGAAUAUGUGCUGGUAUUUGAU